CCGACUGGACCUUGUUAGCAGAGCUCGCCACGAAGCGCGGUCACAAGAGCUUCGAGCCGGUCUACGAAGGUAGCACCCUUUCACAGUACGACGUCGAUGCCCUCGAGAAACAUCGGAGCAUCAUGUACCAUGCGUUGUGCCAGCCGCGCGGAUUCCUCUCCCAGCCAGAAAAGCUCAUCUCCUCCACCAUUAGAUUGGGAACAGGAGCAUAUAUUGAUCAGCCAAGAGGCAAGUAUUUGGAGACGAUGGGGAGAAUGGACCGGUCUGGAAGAUGCCAUUUGAACUUCGAGGAGGCACUUUAUCUGGUGGAAAGAGGAACCUGCGUGGCAAAGAAGGAGAACUCUGAAGGUAUUUUGUCAUUACAAGAAGUCUACGGCAUUCUUAUCACCAAUUCAGAACAGUACGAUCAGCUACUUGUAUACUCUCUGCUUAAGAGAAACGGAUACAUAGUCCUGCGUGCAACGCAACAUACUUCGGAGUGCCAUGACUCCACUCGAUUCCGCUAUGGCUCGGUGUUCUUGAACUUUGUGGUAUCGCUUUUUGGACUCAAAUUCCUCCCUUUCCGCUCGAUUUUCAACUACCUACACUCGCUCAUAGCUCCCAAAAAAUUCCAACCGAGCCCGACGCCCAAUUGGCAGCCAGUUUAUGACAUCUGGAAGCCUUUCAAGGGCUUCAAAAAAAGCAUGCCGCCGGUUCCGCAUUUCCAGGUGGUCAUUGUGUCUGCAACGGAUCAAAUGCCAGAAAUUGAGACCAUCAAACAGCAUUUGCACGAGUCGCCGUCUUUGCUGGUGGCAGUUGUUGACAACGGCAUCGUGAACUUCUAUAACCUCGCACAGAUGGACUUAAAUCGGUUGGGGAUCGCUUGGAAGGACUCCUGGGGGUACAACCGCACUCUCUGGUCUCUCGCUCGCAGUCUACUUAUAGGUCAAAAAAAAUAGCACCGGUUGGUUUCGAUCCAACGACAUCAGGGUUAUGAGCCCUGCGCGCUUCCACUGCGCCACGGUGCUUAAUAAUGUCAAAUCGUGGCCUCCACUCCCCAAGUGGUUGCGCCUUGUGCGGCACCACUCCGAUACGUCAUACCACUGACAGAAUCUUUUUAACUCUGCAAUCAAUGACGGUCCAGGACACAAAGCAGAACAGGAACCUGUUCUCGAAAAUCAAACACUCGCUACAGGCGGGCCACAAGCAUAGCCGCUCGUUUUCGGCGCUGGAUUCGCUCCAGGCCAGCCGUCAACAUCCACCGAAUGGGUCUCAACUAAUCUCCAAGUUCCCCGUCUACAAUCCGUACGGGAUCAACAAUCGCCACUCCUACUCGGUGCAGCUCGCCUCCCCGUCUCUGGAUGGCACUACGGACAGCCCCGUCAUGCUACCGUAUCCAAUAGACUCGCCGAGAGACCACGUUCCACAACCUUUCCAGAACGAAAUAGAAGACCUAGACCAGAUGUACGAAAUCGUCGGAUCAGGCAGUUUCCUCGGGUCAGGAGGUUCGUCGACCAUACGCAAGUUGCAGAGAAGGACCGACAAGAAAUUAGCGGCUCUCAAAGUGUUUAAUGUGUUCAAAGACGAGGCCCCCGGAUCGUACUACCGCAGGGUUGCUCACGAGUACAUCAUCACAAAAAGCUUAGCACAUGUUCACGUAAUCACGGUGUACGAACUUGUUCGAUUGCCCCCGAUACUGUCCCGAAAUUGGGGGAUGGUUAUGGAGUACUAUCCGCACGAUCUGUACAAUAUUUUGCGCCAGCCGCACUGGCAGGCCAUAAGUCUUGGCGAAAAACUGUGCUACUUCAAACAGCUCGUGUUCGGGCUCUACCAUUUGCAUUUGCACGACAUUGUGCAUCUAGACCUCAAGCCGGGCAACAUCCUCCUCGAACACGGUGUGCUCAAGAUCACAGACUUUGGCUGUGGCGACUACGGCCACGUGCGUCCGGGCAGGUUCGAAUCUGGUGUACGGAUGUGCGAUAAGAUACUGGGCACGCCGCCGUUCCAGAGUCCGGAGGUCACGAUGCUGCGCAACGCGAAGGGCCACUAUGACCCGUUCAAGGCCGAUUGCUGGUCGUUGGGGAUGAUGCUGUUUUCGAUUGUGAAGGGCCGAGUGCCGUUCAAGGAGGCCCAACGGCUUGACAAGGACUACGCCGAUUACGAGCACGAGUCGCGCUGGUACAAGGAUCUCAACCCGUCAUUUGUGCACAACGACGCGAACAAAGUUCCAAACAGAGGCCCGCUCGCACACGAAUUGCCGCACGGACAGUUGACGCGUCUUUUUUGGAGACUGUGUGAUCCGGUGCCUGCUACGCGAAUGACCAUGAAAGAAGUUUUUGCGAGCGAUUAUUUCCAGAAAAUAGCAAUGUGUUUCAAAGAGGUGACACACGGUGACGGUGUGAGCAUUCUCGACGAGACGGGCACGGUGAUCGAGAGCUCGGGGCUCGGUGUUGUAGCCGAGGUGCACGACGUGCACCUGGCGAUUGGGUGUCGUAUUGAAAAGCAUUUGCAUGAUAUCUAGGGCGGUCGAUCGACGCGUCGCAAACGGUAGGGGCCGCUCCAAAAAAGAAAAAUUAUAAUCGUGCAAUUUUGACGACUAGUGACCAAUGGACCUGAAAAACCUAAUUUCCAACGACGAGAUGUCGGCGCCGAACAUGUCUCGCACCAAUUCGCAGCAGCGAAUGUCCAUUCACGAUCUGAUGAACUCCGACGACGGCGCUAUUCGCCAAAGAACCAGCAUCACAAACCUGACUAACGACUUGGACGUCGACAUGAACGGCAAGAAAACAAUGACUCGGUCGCGCAGAAUGUCGUCCGCAACGUCGAGCGACGCCGACGCUUCGUCCUCGAGAAGCCUCAAUUCGUCGUUCCAGGACCACUCACAACCACUGGAGGAGCUAAAGGAAAACAAAGAGCCAAAGGCGACUGGCGGGACCAGAAAGCCAAGACGGUAUGCCGAGAAGCCUGUUUGGGCCAAGGACUAUGUGCCCACAGUGCGAAAGAGCGUCCGCAAGCCUGUGCUCACCACUGCAGCCACUAAGCUCAGUGUAGCGUCGAUUACGGGGACCAUUCCGAGAAACGAUUUCAACAAGGUUGUCACCGAGUGGAUAUGGGCGAACGUGGAGGGCGUGCGCCACGAGUAUGCUUCACGGGAGCCGGUGGACAGGUAUCUUGAGCUGGAGCUGAAAAUGGGCCAUAUCUGGGACAAAGUGAAGGACAAGCGUCUGCGAUUGCCCGUGAACUGCGAGACGAUUUUGAACGUGGACUUUUUCCAGAGCGAGUGUUUUUUCCGCUCUGGCGUGCCGGCCCAGCAGUUCCACGAUCUCAAAGCGUUCAUUGCCAAGCUUGCACAGGAAAAAAACCAUAACAGAGGCAACCGGUUUGUGGUGGAAAAUUCGCACUGCGUGGACCUGAUUGCGCACGAAAGAAAGCGCAACGAGAAACCGUCGACGGGCCGUGUGUCUGUGGAUGUCAAGACCAAGAGACGCAUGACCAGUGUGCACAAGCAGAGGGUAGCCGACCUGGUGAUGUAUCUUCCAAACUCGCUUUACGACAUCCGGUUGUCGAUGUCGCUGGAAUUGCCGUACGAGAUGAACGACGCCGCGUUUGAGAGCUUCCAGCAACGGGUUGAACUGCGUCGCGACAAGGAGCGUGUGAGUUACACGCAUCCGGCCACGUUCACCAAGAUCGACAUGACCAAGGUGAAGGAGAACGGGACCGUGAAGCAUGAGGUGGAGCUGGAGCUGGACGUAAGAGAGCUUCUCAGAAGUAUGGCCAAGGUGGCCGAGGACCCAUUGUACUACAUCGACUUGGUCCAGGCGUUUUUGGACAACGGGCGCAUAAUAAGUAGACAGCUUAGUAUACA